AUGUCUCGCGCAGCUGCGGGGAGCGGAAGCUCCAGGAAGAUUUCCUUCAACGUGUCGGAGCAGUACGAUAUUCAAGAUGUCGUAGGAGAGGGCGCGUAUGGCGUUGUUUGCUCCGCAUUGCAUAAGCCCUCUGGGCAGAAGGUUGCCAUCAAGAAGAUCACACCCUUCGACCACUCCAUGUUCUGUCUCAGAACCCUUCGUGAGAUGAAGCUCCUUAGAUACUUCAACCACGAGAAUAUCAUCUCGAUCCUCGAUAUCCAGAAGCCGCGUAAUUACGAGACCUUCACUGAGGUCUACCUCAUUCAGGAACUCAUGGAGACCGACAUGCACCGUGUGAUUCGCACCCAGGAGUUGUCGGAUGACCAUUGCCAGUACUUCAUCUAUCAGACCCUCCGCGCCCUCAAGGCCAUGCACUCCGCGAACGUGCUACACCGUGAUCUUAAGCCUUCGAAUCUUUUGUUGAACGCUAAUUGCGAUUUGAAAGUGUGCGAUUUCGGUCUCGCUCGUUCCGCCGCCUCGACUGAGGACAAUUCGGGUUUCAUGACGGAAUACGUCGCCACUCGAUGGUACCGCGCACCCGAGAUUAUGCUUACGUUCAAGGAGUACACCAAGGCUAUUGAUGUGUGGAGUGUAGGCUGCAUCUUGGCCGAGAUGCUCAGCGGCAAGCCCUUGUUCCCUGGAAAGGAUUAUCACCACCAGCUCACUUUGAUCCUGGAUGUCCUCGGUACGCCGACCAUGGAGGACUACUACGGCAUCAAGUCCCGUCGUGCUAGGGAGUACAUUCGCUCUCUUCCCUUCAAGAAGAAGAUCCCGUGGAAGGCCAUGUUCCCCAAGACAUCCGAUUUGGCAUUGGACCUCCUCGAGCGACUUUUGGCCUUCAACCCCGUGAAGCGUAUCACCGUUGAGGAGGCCCUGAAGCACCCGUACCUUGAGCCAUACCACGACCCAGAUGAUGAGCCGACCGCCGACCCCAUUCCCGAGGAGUUCUUCGACUUUGACAAGAACAAGGACAACCUGACCAAGGAGCAAUUGAAGCUUCUUAUCUACCAGGAGAUCAUGCGGUAA